CUGAAAGGGAGACGGAGUUGAGACUCGGACGCCAUUGUUGCUAGGAGCAGCCUGUCUUGAUUUAAAUCAGCGCAUUAAAAUAUAGAGUUUGCUGUACAUGAACAAAAUAAAUGUAUAUUCUAAUAGCGCAGAGCCACUAAGGAAUUAAAAUAAGCCAGCUUGUAUAAGUCUUGUUCGAGAGGAGAUGCAAGUUUGCUACAGCGCGUACGAGAUGCCCAGCACGUCCCCCUGGCUCCGGAGUCCCGGUCUCCCACAAUGAACGGCAGCAGGAAUGGGACGUCGGCGGGGAAUGUCUCGGCGGGCGUCACCGACGGCAACGAAGCGGUGGUGGAGUCCGUCUUCAUCGUGGCUAUCGCCCUCCUCGUGUGCCUGGGCAACCUGCUCAUCGUGGUGACCCUGUACAAAAAGCCCUACCUGCUGACGCCCAGCAACAAGUUUGUCUUCAGCCUGACGCUGUCCAACCUCCUGCUCUCGGUGCUGGUCCUGCCCUUCGUGGCCGCCAGCUCGGUGCGGCGCGAGUGGAUGUUCGGGGUGGUGUGGUGUAACUUCACCGCCCUGCUCUACCUGCUCAUCAGUUCGGCCAGCAUGCUCACCCUGGGGGCCAUCGCCAUAGACAGGUACUACGCUGUGCUGUACCCCAUGGUCUACCCCAUGAAGAUCACUGGAAACCGGGCGGCGGUCGCCAUCGUCUACGUUUGGCUGCACUCCCUGGUUGGCUGCCUGCCCCCGCUCUUCGGCUGGUCGGCCUUCGAGUUUGACCGCUUCAAGCGGACGUGCACGGCCGCCUGGCACCGCGAGGCCAGCUACACGGCCUUCUGGGUAGCCUGGUGCAGCCUGCUGCCCUUCGGCGCCAUGCUGGUCUGCUACGCGGUCAUCUUCCGGGUGGCCCGGGUCAAGGCCCGCAAGGUCCACUGUGGCACGGUGGUGGUGGCCCAAGAGGAGUCGGGCGGGGCCCAGAAGAAUGGCCGCAAGAACUCCAACACUUCCACCUCGUCCAACAGCAGCAGGAAAAGCCUGGUGUAUUCGGGCAGCCAGUGCAAGGCCUUCGUCACCAUCCUGGUGGUCCUGGGGACGUUCCUGGUGACGUGGGGCCCCUACGUGGCCGUCAUUAGCACCGAGGCCCUUUGGGGGAAGGGCAGCGUCUCGCCCCGCCUGGAGACCCUGGUGACCUGGCUGUCAUUCACCAGCGCCAUCUGCCACCCGCUCAUAUACGGGCUGUGGAACAAGACUGUGCGGAAGGAGCUCCUGGGCAUGUGCUUUGGAGACCGCUACUACCGCGAGUCCUUCGUCACGAGGCACCGGACGUCACGGCUGUUCAGCAUAUCCAACCGCAUCACAGAUUUGGGUAUGUCUCCACACCUGACGGCGAUACUGGCAGGUGGAGGUCAGCUCCUGGGCCACAGCAGCAGCACAGGAGACACCGGGUUCAGCUUCUCGCAAGACUCUGGAACAGACGUCAUGCUUCUGGAGAAUUUUUCCUCAGACAACUCCCACGCCCCCCACUACAGCCUCUUGACUGGCAAGAGGAGAAGCUCAGUCACCUUCGAGGACCAGGUGGACCAGCAUUCCAAAGAAAAUUGUAGUUCCUCUACAAUUCAAGUGAAGGCGGAGAUCCACAAGUCUCUGGACAGUUUUGCAUCCUGCUUGGCCAAGGCCAUCGAGAGCGAUGUCAAAGUUCAGCUAUUCGGGGAGGAGGUCCUGUCUGGGGCCUUGAUUUCAGCACGGACCACUCUGGCACUCACAGGUGCGCCCCUAAGGGGCCCCCGAUACCUGGACGGCCAGAGAUUGAGGCUGGAGAGCAUCGAUGAAGGAAUAGUCAACGAUGACAAGGACGAGGACGAGGAAGACGACAUUGAAGAAAUCUGUGCCUAGUCUUUGUUUCGUCUGUGUGCGUGCAAAUGUGUAAUAACAUUAGUUUCCUUGGAACUAUUCUUCCAUCUGAGGAAACUUGAGUCUAUAUCGGCAGCAGAACAUGCUGUCAGGGUUAGCACCCUUAAGUAUUUCAGGAAAGUGAGCUUUGGCUCAGCUGUAGCAGUUAGGAUUGUGAACCCUACACAGAACUAAUGUAUGGAUUGUGUGAUUGCUAGUCUAGAUCAACGUAUUCCAAUUGGCACAUCACAGUGCUAUGCAGAAUGUUGCGGUGUGCCAUCGUCUUGUAGCCUUCGCGAGACAAA